AGGGAGAGACGGGAAAAAAAAGGUGUCGGCAUGCCUUGCGGGGCCUACUUUCAUAUCGUCAAAUCCUCGUUCGCAUGUGCAAAGCUUCAUCAGUUCUUGCUGGCACUGGCGAUCCAUAUCCACCCCACCUCUCUGUCUCUCUCUCAGAGAGACAGACGGAUAGAUAGAUAGAUAGAGAGAGAGAGAGACUCAUAGAGUAGAUGAAUUACGGGUGCUGAGAUCUUUCUCCGGGACGAUGUACUUCUGAAGCUCCCUGUUUCUAUCCAAGUUCUUGCCCCCUGUCUGUUACUAUGGAUUCGAGAAUUCGUCUCGAUUAUGCUCUGUUUCAGCUCACCCCAACCAGAACCAGGUGUGACUUUGUUGUCUUCUACGGAGGUAAGAACGAGAAACUAGCGUCUGGGCUGCUCGAACCGUUCAUUUCUCACCUCAAAUUUGCCAAAGAGAAGAUAUCCAAGGGUGGCUACUCCAUUGCUCUUCGCCCACCUACUUCAGAUGCCUCCUGGUUCACUAAAGGCACAUUGGAACGAUUUGUCCGGUUUGUGAGCACGCCUGAAGUUCUCGAGAGGUUUGUUACAAUUGAAAAGGAGAUCUCGCAGAUUGAGACUUCAGUAGUUCAAACAUCCAAUGAGUUUUCAAACCACACUGUCGCAGGACAAACCGAAGAAGGCAAUGUUGCAGCUAUUGAUGGGAAUGCCAAGAAAUCACCUUCUUCCACUAAGUCAAAAGGCGAAUCUAAUGAUGUUGAUGAGGAUGCACAAGAAGAGAACUCCAAGAUUCACCUCCAGCGUCUUUUGGAGACUCGGAAAGCAGUUCUUCGGAAAGAACAGGCAAUGGCUUAUGCCCGUGCAUGUGUUGCUGGAUAUGAAAUGGACCAAAUUGGCGAUCUCAUCUCCUUUGCUGAUGCUUUUGGGGCUGCACGUUUAAGGGAAGCAUGCAUAAAUUUCAAGGAGUUGUGCAAUAGAAAGCAUGAUGAUGGGCUUUGGAUGGAUGAACUAGCAGCAAUGGAAGCCUGCCCUCAGCCAGAGCUUCCAUACUUGGGAACAUCUGGGAUUAUACUGACUACUGAAAGCAAUAACCUUGGCCAGGGUAUCAUGUCAAAUAUCCAGAAUGGUUUCUCCAAUGGGCAACUUGAUCCAAAUGGAUCAUUAGAUACUUCAGUGUCUGAUUCAAUCGUAAGUCACACAAGUUCAGAAAUAAAUCAAGAUAAUAGCUUGCCGACGUCGGGUCAGGUUCCACCAGCAUCUGCCAAAGCUCAAGGUCCAAUGCCAUGGCAAAAUCAGCUUCCGCAGUACAUGUACAAUUUCCACAACCCAGGUAUUCAACAAAUGCCCCCAUAUCAAGGAUAUCCCUUCAACAGCAUGCAGAUUUUUCCUCCCUAUUAUCCAGGGCAUAUGCAAUGGUCUCCAAACGGUGAAGAAUCUGGCCAUGAUCUUGCCCGUGAACCUGAUUACCGUCACAGUCAUAAAUCACUUUCCAGAAAAAAAGAGAAAUCACCAAAUAAACAAGAAGAAGAAGGUUCAGAACAAGAUGGAUCCAGCGAUCCCAGUGCCUCUUCUGGUAGUGAGUCAGAUGGAUAUUCACAGAAAGAUGGGAAGCAUUCUGCAAAGGAGCAGUCACAGAAAAGAAGGAAUAGAAAGAAGUCUUCAAGAAUGGUUGUUAUCCGCAACAUUAAUUACAUCACUUCCAAGAAACGAGAAGGACAAAAGGAUGAUGCAUCUGAUGAGUCAUCUUCAGCUGAAGAUGAAUUCAUUGAUGGAGAUUCCCUUAAACAGAAGGUGGAGGACGCAGUUGGGUCUUUGGAGAAACAUCACAAGUCAAAUUCACGUCAUCAUAAAAAGAGAGGUGGGGACAAGCAUUCCACCAUUACAGAUGGAUCAAAUGGUGUGGUUAAUCAUGAUCUUGAGGGUGAUGAUGAUGCAUAUGUUUCGCAGGGAGGGAAAAUAUCUGAGAACUGGGACACUUUCCAAAGCCUUCUGAUGGGACAUGAGGACUCAGGUGCUAAUGGCGUAGAAAAACAGCAGACUGUGGAUGUUCGAGAUGAAUUUGUUACUAUCAGGAGUUCUGACUCAGGAGCACUAUCUGAGUUCACAGGUGCAGUACACCUGGAAUCAGAGAAAGGAACAAAGCAACGACCUAUUGCAAAUGAUUCCUUCCUUAUGUCUGACAGAAAUGCAGCUAAUGAAAGCAGGACUUGCAUGGAAAAUUUUGAAAGUGGAGAAAAUUUCCACUCAACUGUGAAGAGAAGGGAAUGCACUGAUGAAGAGUUGUUAUUUUCAUUGAGAAUAGGGAAUUCAGAGGGAAAGUUCAGGGAUGUGGUAUCUGAUUGUGUCACUGAACCAUCUGUGCUCAAAAGUCAUAAAGGAGAGGAUUGGUUUAUUGUCAACCAACCUGAGAAAUUGAGGGACCAAUAUGGAACCACAGAUCAUGCAAUUUUCAAUGGGGAUCACAAGUUGACAACAGAGGGUGGCUUUUUUGGCACUGAGAACAAUAAGAAGAAUGUGUUUGUUGAUGAUUCUUUUAUGGUGCAGGCUCGAUCAAUAGUCGAUGAUCAAUAUGAUUCUCAAUGGAGAACAGAUGUAGGCAUGGAUGCUGACUUUAGUGUAGCUACUCAGCAUGAAAGUAGCACUCCCGAUCCCCCAGGGGAUCGUCUUAGAAUGUCUGGAACCUAUGAGCCAGAUGAUCUCUACAUGGUGCUUGACCGAGGUUCAGGAGUGGGAUCUAUUGAGGCUUCUUGGACUCCUGAAAUAGAUUAUGGAAAUGAUAUUUCGUUUUCUGAAAAUGAAAAGAGACGCUCUAGUAUUGAAACAAAUGGUUGUGACAAGGAUGAUCCCUGUAAUGAAAGCACCAAGAAUGGAAGUCCUGAAACAAAAGGCCCAGUGAAAGAAGUGAAUUCUAAAAACCUGCGUGGAUCUCUUACAAAGACCAGACCUGAAAGUAUAUCAAGAACCAAGAAACCGUCCACUGUAAGCAGAGCUGCAGUUCAAAAGACUAAACAGGAGAAGGAGGAAGAGAACCGGAAGAGAAUGGAGGAAUUGCUACUUCAACGUCAAAAGAGGAUUGCUGAACGAAGUGCAGCUAAUGGUUUUACUUCAGCAACAUCUAAGAAGUCUCCAGUAACCAACAAGACUGCAAAUUCCCUGAAGAAUGACAAGAAAACAUCUCAAACCACAAGUCAUGAAACAAAGAGGUUAAGUUUACACAGACCAAGUGUUGCAAAUUCAACAACAGAUGGCCCUGCAUCUGGACAAAUCAAACACAAAGGUUCAUCAACUCCUCCAUUAAAUUCAUCUGAACCAAGAAAAACAGGUCCAAAAGUCAGUGUAGGGGUGGCUUCUCCCUUGGCACGGAGGAUGUGAAUAAGAAGAAAAUUUUCAAAUCAGGGCAGGAAGGACAAUGACCAAAUUGAUGUCUCAGCUAUUACACCUUAGGCAGAAUUAAGAACCAUACAAGGAAUUACACCUCAAAUUAUGUUGUGAAUGAGUGAGCAGGCAAAGGCAUCUCAAGUAGAUAACUUCGGCAACGGAAGCUGUGAAGAUCAUUUGCUUUGUUUGGGGGGUGUCGAGUUGGCUUCAGUCAUAAAUCACUCAGACAGUUUUACACAGUCACACCUCAGAAAUCAAUGGAUUCAUUACUGACACAAUGGUAAUUCCCCUGAUAACUACACCCAAAAAGGCACAAAGAAUAAGAAAUUUCCAGUCUCAUCUGAAAUUUCAGAUAGAAAUCCCUCAACCUGGUUGAGUCAAUCCUAUCACCAACUAAUGGAAGUAUCACAGAGCCAAUCCACCUGAGAAAGAAUAGAAACUGUGCAGCUUCAAAGGGGUUAUAGAAACUUCUUAUAUUUGGUUGGAAAAAUGGAAAGCCUGCUCCUAUUUGGAUUAAAAUUGGACUCAGUUAGUUCUGUCAUAAUCUCGUGUUUCUACUUGAGGAGCCAUAUUUGCAUUUAUCUUCCAUUUUGGAUAAUGGAAUGAGUCAAUGCAGGAUUACCUACUGAAUGGUCCCUCUGUCAGUGGGUUAUAACUACUGUUUGGCUUUUUUGCAUUUUUCUAUCUUGCUUUGGUACUUCCUUUUCAAUUGAGGAUGCACCUACGCUCAAAUUUAAACGAGUGAUUGUGUAGCUGUGUGGGUCAAAUAUAUCUUAGCAGUUGUGGCCAUGUUUUGAAAAUUCAUUUUGUUUGUACUUAAUAUCCAUGUGUAAUCUAUUCUUUAUGGUGAGUGAUUCUUUUGGGAUAUGAAUAAUGAACCACCUCUGCUUUGUAAUAUUAUUAUCUGUAAUGUGAAGUAGUUAUAUUCAUUUCUAA